ACCAGCCCCGCCUUCAGCCGGUUUCUCCAAGCCUAAGAGACGAUGGAAGCGAAAAAGACGACGUCGAGCACAAGCCCCGAUGAAAAGCGGAUGAAGAACAAGAGACGCGUCAGCUUCAGCAGUUCUACAAAAUUUACUUAUCAAAGUCCUGAAAGAUAUAGACAGAAGCAACUGGAGCAAGGGUUCGUGCUGGACGGCGUAUGUGUGAGUCACCUCGCCAACGAUGAAACAGACAGAACGUUUCCCUCCAUGAACAUCGGUAUUCCGCAGUUCAAGGCCCAAUCCGACAAACAUGUCUCCAGCUACUUCAAGCGAAAAGGACUACCACCUUUCGUCACCAGAAAGCAAGAACAAGAGGUUUCAAUGCAAGGCAGAGUCAUUGACAAGUUUUGUGCCAGCAGUGAAGCUACUGCUUACCUUACAGCCAGACAGAAAGAAGGAGCAGGUUGUACAAGACUGGUGUGGGGAGGCCACACUAGUGUUCCAACUGAACAUGCAGCUGUUGGUUGGCAUGGUGAGGAAGGCUAUCGCAGAAACACUUUUGACCUUCGGGCUCGACAUUCUGUGUUUGACUAUGAAGAUCCCUUUGAGAACCCCAGGCCACUGCACACCUUCCGCCAACGCACACAAUCAGCCCCAGCCACCAUACGGCUGAUGAGGCAGAAAUCUGCAUCCGUCUACCGCUCAUUCCCAGGUGGGAGAGGGAGGAGAGCCAUGUCUGCCAUCCCACGACCUCAGAGCAGUAGUCAGAUGUGCCGAAUCCUAGCAACUGGACCUGUUACAUAA